UGACAGCGGUGGAAAUCUAGCAGGUGGCUGCCACGGAAGACAAGCCUCUCCCGACAACGUACGUAGGCUAUCUGAAGAUAACACAGAAAAGUUAGUCGUGAAGGGCACCUGUGAAACAAAAAGCUAUGGACCGAUCCAAACAGAAGCAACUUCUUAAUCAGAACGAAAAGCAAACGACGUCAGUAGUAGGUGACAGUUCAGUAAAUGGACAUUUUGACGGGAUGGCGAAAAUGAAGAGCCGCGCUGGGUUACCUCUGGCGGCGUCCGGGGAAACCAGCGGCCAGUCAUCCGGUGCCAUCGAGAGUUGGAGGGAAGAACGCACCCGGAGUCUGGAGGACAAUGAGAUGAGCUUGCCAAGUAUCGCUUCUGCCUACACGACCAUCCUCAGGGGGCUCGGAGAAGACCCACAAAGGCAAGGACUUCUCAAAACUCCUUGGAGAGCCGCGACAGCUAUGCAGUUCUUCACUAAAGGCUACCAGGAGAAAAUCAUUGAUGUGCUGAACGACGCCAUUUUCGAUGAGGACCACGACGAGAUGGUGAUCGUGAAGGACAUCGACAUGUUCUCCAUGUGUGAACACCACCUGGUGCCCAUCUUUGGCCGGGUGCAUAUAGGCUACCUCCCCAAUAAGAGAGUGCUUGGGCUCAGCAAACUGGCCAGGAUUGUUGAGAUCUACAGCAGGAGACUACAAGUCCAGGAGCGGUUAACGAAACAGAUCGCCGUGGCGAUCACUGAGGCGCUGCAGCCCGCUGGCGUGGGAGUGGUCAUCGAAGCAACGCACAUGUGUAUGGUCAUGAGGGGUGUUCAGAAGAUGAACAGUAAGACGGUCACCAGCACCAUGCUGGGCGUGUUCCGCGAGGACCCCAAAACACGCGACGAGUUCCUUACGCUCAUCAGGAGCUGAGGUGACCCCCCCCCCUCUCCCACCCAACUCCCCAACACACACUUACACACACACACACACACACACACACACACACACACACACACACACACGUACACACACAUCGUGAUCAGUCGCUCGUGAGGCUGGCGGGGACCUGGACAGACCUCCUGGCUGCCCCGUGCUGUCUGGACGGUCAGAUCGGCGUCUCUCAGCAGCCUCUCAGGACAAGGAGGACUCGUCUGGUCUCUCUGGGUGCCUCUCAUUUGGUCUUUUAUACAUCCUCCCUUCCUCCUCGGGCCUCGAUCCUCACUGAUCUACAUAAAGAAUGAUGGGGCGGCAACAAUGGGAUAGUCUAUCCAGUUUUAGUUGUAGAUCAGUGGCCCAUCGGGGAUCGAGCAUCGAGGAUCGAGGAGAGAUGUUGGGAGGCACCCCCAGUGUGCCUCUGUCUUACCUCCCCCCUCUCUCCUCCUCUCUCUCUCUCUCUCUCUCUCUCUCUAUCUGUCUCUAUCUCUCUGUUGUCCUGUGUGUGUCUCAUUGGUGUGUGUGCCAGUACAUGAGCAUGUGUGUGUGUGUCAAGUGUGUCUCGUAAAAGUGAGCUCAACCUGUUAGUCUUAGUGCAACUUUUCGAGGUGAAUUUUUUUUUUGCACACCCCUAACGCGUGUGUGUGAUUGUGUGUGUGUGUGUGUGUGUGUGUGUGUGUGUGUGUGUGUGCGUGUGCGUGUGCAUGUGCAUGUGUGUGUCUUGGUACUUUGUGGGUAGCCUACGGCCCACUGACGUCUAUCAAAGAAGGUCCUUGAUCCUAAGGCAGUGCGCUGGAAUAUGCUCAGCAUAUCAAAUCCCAUUAAACUAGAGGAUUCUUUUCAUUAAAAAAAAUAUUAUUUUAAAUUGUAUUCAUUUUCAACAUUGAUAUAAAUAUGUAUUUGAUUAUGAAAUCUAUUCAAUAUUCUCGUAAAAAGGCUAAUAUCCAUACUCCACAGGUGUAAAAGGAAAGAAAGCUUAACCCCCAAUCAACACUCAACUGCUUUUUGGUCAUAUCUUUGCAUCUGUUUAUUAUUAUUAUUAUUAUUAUUAUUAUUAUUAUUAUUAUUAUUAUUAUUGAUUAUUAUUUUAACAUUUGCAUUUUAUGUUAUUUGCUUGCGUUUGCAUUCAAAGAUAUAAAUACAGGAAGUGCUUUCCAUUUGGAGGUACGGUACGUGCUAGACGUGGGCAGCUACUCCUGCUGAUCCUUACCGUCCAUACUGUAUCUGGCAUCAAGAAUCCCGCUAAGUACUAAUAAAUAUGGAUAUGUAGUUAUUGGGACCGUCUGCUGAUGCUCCAUCAGGCACCAGUGGUCUGUAAAAGUCCCAUGCAGAGGGUGCUGCAUGAACAGAUUGUGUGUUGUGGGUUACAUGUGAUGUCUAAGUGUUGCCUGGUGUUUGUAUUCGAAAAGCUAUCAUAUCCAGGAAAACAAAAAGACCAAAGUUCAAGAGUGCGAUAGGCAAGAAUUACCCCCCCCCCCCCUUUUUUUUUUUAGAAUAAAAAUAGACUGAAAUCGUGAACAGUAUUUUUUGUAGGGAUGUGUCAGCUCCCUCUUUGACAAAUGGCAUUGCGUCCAUGAUCUAGACUCUCUGGAUUUAAGAGUCCAUUGUAUUGCUAAUAUUCUCACAGCAGUGAGUACUUGAUGUGUACUCUUGUGUUUAAUAUCUGCGAUGUAAAGCUUGUGAAACUGUCUUCUUCUUGUCUCUUUCUGUAUUUUCAUGUAAGAAAAAGAGAAAAGAAUAGCCUUACUAUUUUUAAACAGGAACAUGGCCACAAAACGACGGAUUUAAUAUAUGUAACCAAUUAAGGAAAAAAGAAAUUGUAAACGAAUUCAUCUGUCACACUGUAUCUCUCUGGCCCUGUUUACCUGAGGCUAAAUCGGGUAGUGCUAAUUCAGUGUCUGCUUUCUACAUACAACUCAUGGAAAUGCAGGUGUCUUUUAAAGCUGAGAGCUCAAACCAUCUGACGUGCACUUUAGCAUAAUACUGUAUAAAUGCAUUUGCCUUGUCUGGCCAUACAUGUGAAAUGGUUUGGUCCAUGAGUCGGUGUGUGAAAGAUCGACACCCAUUCGAUAAGGAAGUCUGUGAAAUGUGAUUUAGGAGAAUAAAAUGCUCUUAGCUUUACAUCCCAUCUGCUGUAAAUGCAUUACGUUUAUACAUCUGUAUGUAUACGCCAUAGGUUCACAAAGCUAAUAAUGUCUAUUUGAUAUGAUUAAUGCGCAGCAUGUAAACAGGGCCUGUUGUGUCUGUUGUAUUCAAGAUGAGAGUGAUGAACACGGUCAGUAUUGAAAUGUCUGAAAUCUUUAAAAGUGGUGAUGUGUUUGUGCGUGUGUUAUGAAGUGUACUGUACGGAGUGUACUGUUCUCUGUCCAGAUGUUCGGAGUGUUCUUGACCGUCUUUGUGAAGUGCGGUCAAACGGGCGACGAGGGCCAGUUGAGGGCCAGUUGAGGGCCUCCUCCGCCUCUCCUCAAGACAUUCGUGUGGCCUUUUACAAUGAGGAUUGUGUGACGGUUCUCAUCCCAGCCUUGGGAAAUCUUUUGUCAUAUUUGACGUUCUCUCUUACCUGUCUGGUAACUUUACUUUGAAAAGAUAUUAAAUCCAUAUAUGAUACAA